AUGUUCAUAUGCUCACUUGUACUUGAUUUGCUCCACCAUGGUGCGGAUUUACUCGCUCAAAAUCGUAGAUCUACUGGUCACGGCUCAUCUCGGUCCUCCGUCGUCCACCACCACCAUGUAAAAUUGAGGUCGAGUACAUAUAUCCUUCUUGGCUCACAGUCCUUCACCAUACAAGCUCCAUUCUCGGACAUAGCCGAAGGUUUAACUCUUGUCAAUUUGCUCUACUCGUGCGUCUUCUCCUGCUUCCAUCGCUCCUCAGUUAUCAAUCCAUAUGAAGCCCGGAAAAUAGCCGCCGCCGCCGCCCUCGUAUUGCCAAAUACCGGUUCCGGCGUUAUUCCGAGCACCCUAAUUUCUCCUGUAAAAGCGCUUCACCGUGUGCAUCUCAUUUCCGGUGAAGACAAGUCGGCUGGCCGGAACAGUCUCGUCGACAUUGUUGCAACACCGUAUCAAGAUGUUGGUUGGAAGUGGGCCGAUUCCAAGCCUGUUGUUUGGGCCUCCCUUUGCACACUUUGUUGGAUAUAUUGGCCCAACAUGUGUAUGGGCUUUCCAUGA